AGGGGGGGAAUGUGCAUGUAUGUGCGUGUGUAUAUAUAUUUAGAGAGAACGCAAGGCAAAAGCUCAGCAUUAUAAAUCCUUCCGAAGCUGUGAGGGGCAUUCACAGAGAUACCCCUCCCACCACUACCACCACAGGUGAAGAGUGGGCUGGCACUUGGCUGUGAAACUGGAGAGAGCUGGCUUAAGGGUGUACAGUACUUUAGUUCCUGAAAGAAAGGGCAUUCAGGAGUGUUUUAUCUCCUUGGUGCAAAGAGCUGCUCGCCCACCAACAGGAGGAUGUCUCGGUGGCUCUGGUUCCUUGGCAGAAUCCUGCUCUUGCUGAAGGUGGCUGCCUCUGUGAACUUCCUCCAUCACCGCUAUGAGGAGCUGGUACAAGCCCUGUAUGAUGUGAAGGGCUCGUGCCCAUAUAUUACUAGGCUGUACAGCAUUGGACGCAGCGUCCAGGGCCGCCACCUCUACGUACUUGAGUUCAGCGACUAUCCUGGCGUCCAUGAACCCAUGGAGCCAGAGUUCAAGUAUGUGGCAAACAUGCAUGGUAAUGAAGUACUGGGCCGAGAACUGUUGAUCCAGCUUGCUGAGUUCCUGUGUGAGGAGUAUCGACAUGGCAAUCAGCGCAUUACACAGCUCAUCCAUGAGACACGCAUUCACCUCAUGCCUUCCAUGAACCCUGAUGGAUAUGAGGUGGCAGCUUCCCAGCACCAACAGAGCUUAAGAGAUCUCAUGGGAAGAACCAAUGCCAAUGGAAUUGACCUUAACCGUAACUUUCCUGACCUCAAUACAAUCAUGUACCACAAUGACAAACAUGGUGGACUCAACCAUCACCUUCCCUUGCCAGACAACUGGAGAAAUCAGGUGGAACCGGAGACUUUGGCUGUGAUUGAAUGGCUUAAGAGCUAUAAUUUUGUCCUCUCAGCUAACCUCCAUGGUGGAGCAGUAGUAGCCAAUUAUCCCUACGACAAAGCCCAUGAGCAGAGAACUCGCGGUGUCUGGCAUCCAACCAGUAGUCCUACUCCUGAUGACAAUCUCUUCAAGAAGCUGUCCAAGGGCUAUUCCUAUGCACAUGGAUGGAUGCACCGGGGAACAAACUGUGGGGAUUUCUUUCCUGAUGGCAUCACCAAUGGGGCCUCUUGGUAUUCCCUAAGCAAAGGGAUGCAGGAUUUCAACUACCUGUUCACUAACUGCUUUGAGAUUACCCUUGAACUGAGCUGCAACAAAUUCCCACCACAGCAGGAAUUAGAGUUUGAGUGGCUAGCAAACCGUGAAGCACUUGUUGCCUACAUAGAGGAGGUUCAUCAUGGCAUCAAAGGCAUGGUGACAGAUGACAAUAACAACAAAGUGGCAGGUGCUGUCAUUUCGGUCGAAGGAAUUGGUCAUGACAUCACCUCAGGUGAACAGGGCGACUAUUUCCGGCUACUUUUACCUGGCACUUAUACAGUUACUGCAUCGGCGAAUGGCUAUCAGCCCCAGACAGAGAGAGUUGUGGUGGGUCCCGCUGGGCCCACAGUGGUACAUUUCCAGCUCAAACAGGAAACUUUGGACAACCAUCCUGUACCGAAGACUUCUGACAAAGGCCAUGCUAAUAAAGCUCUGCACAAGAAGGUUGUGCCACGUGCUACCCGGAGGGAGAUGCCUCGAUAAAGUCAGAUCUCAAAGAAAUGAAAGUGGAUGGAAUGGAGCUCUAUAUAACAUAUGAAGUUAAUAACACUGGCAGAUGAACUUUCUAAGAGGCACCCAGACCCUCUCAUGUCCCCUGAAAACAUGAUAUGAGCUGAGACUUUGUUUAUUAAAUGUCUAAUAUUUAACUUUGGUGCAGACUCUCUCAGAAGGAAGGCAGUCAGUAGACCCUUCACUUCUAUGGUCUUUUUAACCAGUCAUAGACUUUAAAAUUUCUCACACAACUUAUUUUUUCUGUAAUAUCCUACCUGCUGGCUUAGUUUCACCUGCAACUUUUGUUACUGUCCCAAUAUAUGGCCAUAAAGUAAUUUAUGUAGAACAGGGGGGAAAUACCAGACUUAAAAUGGUCUCUGUGUGUCUGUACCCACCAUAGCUUUAAAUGUUAAAAAGCAAUUGGUUAAUUAUUCAUUACAAUUUGUAAAUGUACCUUGUUGCCUUCACUCAUUUCAAAUUUCCAAAAAAGUAACUAAUUGAAUUGACCGUUGUGUUACAUGUUACUUCCAUUAUUAUUUUUUUUAAAAAAAGAAAGAAUGUAAAAUGGUAAGAAAAUGACCUAGAUCUUGGGGAAAUGACUUCGGGAAUUUUUAGUUCCCACAUCCCAUUAUAAUGGAUAACAAUUGCUUAGUAUGGGAGCAGGGAGUGGCAAUAUUACCAGUCAUUAUAUUACUUCCAAAAGGUUGGUCAUUAUCCCAUGUUACCAUGAAAGUAAGGCUUGCAGGUAACACUGUUACUUGUUGCUUGUAAGGUAUUACUUCUAGUUUUUGUGAGGGGGGGGGGGGGAAGGGAGAGAUUUUGAGUAUCUGUGUAGAGUUGUGCAUGCAGUCUGUCUCUAAGAUGUUAUGCGUUAAUGCAGUGGUUUUCAAAUUGUGGAGUGAGGGGCAAGACUUGGAGUAUGUGAUCCUGCCUCCUCCUCUUUCCAAACUUCUUUAUGUGUAACAUUUAUAUAUGUGUUGAGUUAAAAAUAUACUUAAAUAACAUUUCUAAUUUGAAUGGUGUUAUUUCCUUAUAAAAUGUUAAAAUAUGAAUGUAGAUGAAUGUGUGAAUGAAAAUAUGCACACUAAACAAAAUGUUUUUAUUCAUACAGUAUGGGAGGGGAAUGGCAUCCAUAUGAAGAUGUAAAGGGGAUCACAUGGGUUAAAAGUUUGAGAACCACUGCAUUAAUGGAUGGUGUUCUUACCCAAAUAUUGUUGCUAUAUGCUUUUAAGUUAACUCCAACUUACUCUGACCCUAUCAUAGCGUUUUCUUAGUGAGGUGAGUCAGAGGAGGUAUGCAGCUGCCUUCUUCUAAGGCAGCAAGUCUGUGACCCAGUGGGUUUCCAUGGCUGAGCAGAGAUUUGAACUCUGAUCUCCCGGAGUCAUAGUCCAACCCUUAAAUCACUAUACUAUGCUGUCUCCCAAACAUGGAGAUUAGGUUAUCAAGAAGUGGCCUCAUUUUGUUUCUUGCUUUGCUCCAGUUCUUCUAAUGUGUUGCUGCCCAAUAAUAUGUUCCUCCUUAUUAGUGCAGUUGGCACUCCAUAUCCACAGAUUCUGCAUCCACAUACCCACAGCCUGAAAAUAUUCACACACACACACACACACACACACACACAUUCCAAAAAGCAAACCUUGAUUUUACCAUUUUAUAUAAGGGACACCAUUUUAUUAUGCCAUUGUAUAUUAUGGGACUUGAGCAUCCACGGAUUUUGGUAUCCAUGUGGGGUCUGGAACCAAACCCCAGCAGAUACUAAUGGCCCACUAUACUGUCUGGAGCUGCCACUAUUCUAGGUUUUCCUAUAGGGACACCCCACCAUGCCUCACCCAAGAAUAUUGCCUGUCCUCUUUGAUGUGCUGAGGAUACAAUUUUAAUAAAUUAAUCUCAUUUACUUCCAAGGAAAUAUGUUUAGGAUUAGGUUGUGAGGUUUAUUAUCCACUGAAACAUUUUAGCUGAAUAAUGGGCCAAAGAGUUUCUGUACAGUAUUUGAAAUGUAAAUACAGGGUAAAGGCAGACCUAACAUCAGUAGAACAGAAAGCUUAAUUUAGAAAAACCCUAACAAUACUCACUACAAACACAUUUUUCCUUCUUAGGAUAAUGUCUGAAGAAGUCAGUUCUUUAGCUGUUCAACAUAGUAUGUUCUAAAUGGAGAAAAGCUUUUUGUAGACAGUACAGACUGGCUACUACCUGUAAUAAUAAAAAAAACAUACCUCCUGUUCAGGGUAACCAGAUGUCCUAACUGCAAAGGAGGACAAGGAACCACAAAAUGUAGGAUGUUCAAGGAAAAUGUAAGACAUUACCAAAUAAAUAUAAAUAUAAAUUCAUUCCAAAGGGUUUAUUUAAGCUAUAUUACACAUAUUUUACUAUGGACUCAACCAUAUUUUUUUCUGCUGAACCUAUCUUCAUUAAAAUACCUUACAAUAUACUUAUAGAACCCUGAGCAAGACAAAUGCUUAAAAUUGUACUUUACUUCCAAUAAACCCUUGAUUACAUUCAGGUCAUUUCUUUCAUUUGUCCAUUAUGCUGAAAUUAAGGAAAAACCCCUUUCAGACAUUAGCAUUGGACUUGAUCACAGGGGGGAAAUCGGGGGAUUCAAGAGGCAUUAUCCAGGGAAAACCGUGUGAUGACGGUUAAGAUUAUUACAUGACGUUGUGAGAUAAAGCUUAUUCUGGAAAUAGCCAGGGAACAAAUCAUUCAUGGGAGUAACCAGGGAAUAACAUGAUUUGUUAUGUGAAUGAUUUGUUGCUUGUUAUGCCCUGGUUAUUCCUGGGAUAAGCCCUCUCUAAUCGUGAUGUGUGUGAUAAUCUUAGCCAUGAUUGUGUGACUCUCCCUGGAUAAUGCCUUUUGAAUCCCCUGAUUUUCCCCUGUGUGAUAAAGUCCAUUGUGUCCUCAAGCAAUAGAAAAGCCCUUUACAGGUUCUUCCUCCACAUAAAUACAGUGACUAUGUUUACAAUAAUAGCUCUUUAAUACCAUUUGUGGGUUAGCAACAAUCCCCCUCCUCCAUCCAGGACCAGUACCUCAGGCCUUCCCUGUGUUGCUACAAAUGCGCCCUGAGUUUUGGGGGCAAGUUUUGUCUGCUGCUGCUCCCAGGAAAAAAGAGCUUUGUAAGGUUGGAUCCCACUCCAGCCACCCAUCCCUGUUUGCAGCAAGGACAAGCUCCAAGUAGAUGCAUUUCUCGAAGGGCAACAACAAAUGUAGGGUUGCUCCAUGGGCUUCUUAGCCAAAUGGAGGACGUUUUGAAAUUCUUCCUGGACAGGAGGUUGAAAUAUAGGGUAUAUCCUGGAAAAGGAGGACAUUUUAAAAUGCAUGCGGGUUUGAUUGGUGAUGCAUUUUGAAAAGAAGGAGUAAUGCAUAAUAAAUGCAUCUGCUGCUUGGCUACUGUAUCUAAAGCAAGAAAUAAAAUCAAACUGACAGAUAGAAAAAA